AUUUUCUGUGAUUUUGUACCUGGGCUGUAUAAAUAUACAACUACAGUCACCCUGCAGUGAGAAGGCAGUAACUGAUCAACCACUAAUAUAUAGUGUGUGUCAUAAAAGUUCGGUGAAACAGCACUAACAAAGCAAAUGGAGGAAGAAAGGAAAAACAAGCUGAGUACUUUUUCAGAAGAAGAAGAAAACGACGAUGAGGACGAGAGAAUUGAGAAGUUCUUCGCGAUAAUAAGAAGGCUUAGAGAUGCUCGCAUGUAUUCGAGAACCUGUUUGCGAGAACAGGAGGCAUGUAAGAUAGCAAAGAAGGCAAAGAAAGCCCACGCACCUGUAUGGACUCCAAAGUUUCAACUGGAAGAUUUUGAGGAGCCAGGGUUGGAAUCCACUCGCAUAUCUCAACCAAGUUCCUCAAAUAAGGAAUGUGGAAAGGAGAAGAAAGAAGAACUAGAUCUGAACCUUACCUUGUAUUGACUGUGGAGGUCAAAUACAGUGCAUGGGAUAUGAUAUGCUUCAGAGUAGUAUUUUCAAGAUGCAUGAAACAUGUGAUGCAGCAGAGUUAGAGCAGUAGUGUGUGUUGAAUAAAAGGUUGCAUGUAUGUUCAGUUGGGUCGGCUUUAAUUUUGCAAUUUUAUUAUUAUUUGUUUUUGUAAUAUUGUUGUUUUUACAUUGAUGAAUCUUUCAUAUUCGAGGUCAUCAAGAUAUUAAAAGAUGGAUUGGGAGUUUAUUUUCA